CAUCAAACCUCCCCGUCCGCGCCAUGUAAAGCGCAAACUCUCCACCCACCUACCUCACCGGAGAAUGUACCACCUCUUCAAAUCCCUCUACCUGCACGCAACCAGCAAAGAAGAAUACUCCAUCCUCCUCCUCGGCCUCGACAACGCCGGCAAAACCACGCUCCUCGAACAACUCCGCGCCCUCUUCUCCCCCUCGCUGCACCCGAACCUCAACACCGUGCCCACCGUCGGCCAGAACGUCGCCACCAUCGAACUCCCGCCGCCGCAGUCGCUCUACCUGAAGAUCUGGGACGUCGGCGGCCAGCACAGCCUCAGGGGCCUGUGGCAGUCGUACUACGCUUCGUGCCACGCCAUUGUGUUUGUGAUUGAUAGUACCGAUGUCGGCGAUGCGGAUAUCGCGACGUUGAGUACCGAGGCGGGCAGGGGCGAGGAGAUGGGGAGGUUGGAGGAGUGUAGGGCUGUGUUGGAGGAUGUGUUGCAGAAUGAGGAUGCGGCGGGGGUGCCGAUUCUGGUGUUGGCCAAUAAGCAGGAUCGGGAGGAUUGCGUCGAGGUGGUCAGGAUCAAGGAGGGCUUGGUGAGGAGGGUGUUUGAAGGGGAGAAGGGUGGGAGCGUCAGGGAUAGUAGGGUGUUGCCUUGCUCGGCGCUGACGGGGACGGGGGUUCAGGAGGCGGUAGAGUGGUUGUGUAGUAGGGUGAAGUGGAAUAAGGAAGCGAGGCCACCGCUCAUGAGGUGAUGAAGAUACCCACGGUUUGGUUUAUCGGAAAUGCUUGGAUAUUAGAAUCGGUGGCUUAGGAGAGCCGUCUGAAAAGGCAGUCAGAUCUGUGCAGACGACAACUUGGUGAGCCUGUCACUCGCAGCCUCUGCAUAGAUAGCACGCAUGUGCCGCCCGUGUCCAUAGCAUAUGGCCCAAUCCACCAAUCACCACCCCCAAUC